UCCUCCCGGCCGGGACGCCAGGAGCUGUCAGGUGGCCUCGGGGAAGCCCCUCGAGGAGAGGAGAGAGCGCCGGCAGCGGCGGCAGCGGCAACUAGCCCGGAGCCGGAAGUGCCACGUGUCCCGAUUGCGCCUGCGCGGCAGGCGGCUGACAAGCACUUCCGUCCGGGGCCUCCCUCCUCUCCCUGUUUGGUCGCUGCCUCCCAGCCGGGCUUUCGAGGCCCCACCGGCCGGAUUCCCAACCCUCAGCUCCCAGGCUAGGCUGUGGCCGCCGGCGGGCUCAGGAGAGUGUAGCGCCAUGCCUCGGGCUUGAUGCGCCGUCCUCUGUUCUCCCGGUGUUCAGUCCUAAGUUGUUAGCCCCACCGUCCGCUUCAGCAGUCGGCUUUCAGCUCCCUGCUGGGCGCUGUUGUCGACCCUGAACGGCUCCUUCCAACUCUACCGUCGUCAUCAUGUCCCAGCCGGGAAUACCGGCCUCCGGCGGCGCUCCAACCGACCUGCAGGCCCAGAACGGGGCCGCCUCGGCCUCGGGGUCUCCCUACACCAACGGUCCUGUCCAAAAUGCACUGAUGUCUUCACAAGUGUCAGUGAGCCAAGGAUAUAAUUUCCAGCUUCCAGGAUCCUACCCUCAUCUAAUACCAGCAAAGACUUUGAAUCCAGCCUCUGGACAGUCUAACUAUGGUGGUUCUCAGGGAUCUGGGCAGACUCUUAAUAGACCACCUGUGGCCUCUAAUCCAGUAACACCUUUGCUCCAUAGCGGUCCUGUUCCUCAAAUGCCACUACCUGCUUCUCAGAACCCAGCUGCUACACCAAUGCCUUCUGGUAGCUUUCUUCCUGGAGCCAACCCACCACCACCUUCGAAUUGGCAAUAUAACUAUCCAUCCACAGGAUCACAGACAAACCAUUUUCCUCGUGCAUCAUCCCAACCACCUGUAUCUGGGAAUACAAGUUUUACAACCAAUCAUCCAUAUGUUUCUUCUGGAGAUCCUUCACUUCAAAAUAGCUUCUUAAAGUCAGCAACACCACAGCUUGCUAAUAAGAAUCCCAAAAUGAGCCGAAGUGUUGGAUAUUCAUAUCCCUCCUUACCACCUGGUUAUCAGAACACAACACCACCUAGUGCAAUUGGAAUGCCACCCUCUUCCUUGAAUUACGCAAGUGGACCACAGGCCUUUACUCCGACUCCCUUAGGUGCUAAUCAUUUAACUGCAAGCAUGGGUGGAUUAAGUCUACAUCCAGAGGGUCUAAGAGUUGUCAAUCUUCUUCAAGAAAGAAGCAUGCUUCCCUCAACACCUUUGCAGCCUCUGGUUCCAAAUUUGCAUGAAGACAUCCAGAAACUGAACUGUAACCCAGAAUAUUUUGAAAAUAAGGAAAUACACCUGACACCAUCCACUGACUUCUAUAAGAAAUUAGCCUUGGACUGUUCUGGUCAGCAGGUAGCCGUUGACUUAUUCCUUCUCAGUGGACAGUAUUCUGAUUUGGCUUCUCUGGGUUGUGUUUCUCGUUACUCAGCAGGCAGUGUCUAUUACUACCCCUCUUACCAUCAUCAGCACAACCCUGUCCAAGUGCAGAAACUGCAGAAGGAACUACACAGAUACCUCACUCGCAAGAUUGGCUUUGAGGCAGUCAUGAGGAUUCGGCUUCCUGGCAACACCAGAACAAAAAUUGGCUUCAUAACAUUUGACAGUACAAUCCAUUUCUACAGUCUUCAAGAAGGUCUCUCUCAACCACAGAUGCUAAUAGUUUCAGAUAUUGAAGAUGUUUUUAUACCUAUGCCAGAGAACUUAUUAGUAAAUUUAAACGAAAGUAAAGAGCUUGUCCAAGAUUUACUGAAAACUUUGCCGCAAAUGUUUACCAAGACUCUGGAAACCCAGAGUGCCCUGGGUCCCGCACUUCAGGCUGCCUUUAAGCUGAUGUCCCCCACUGGUGGUCGAAUGUCUGUCUUUCAAACACAACUCCCAACUCUUGGAGUGGGAGCCCUGAAACCACGAGAGGAACCCAACCAAAGGUCAUCUGCUAAGUUACGACCACCUCAACCUCCAGUGUACCUCUUUGUAUUUGACGUGUCUCACAAUGCAGUUGAAACUGGAUACUUGAAUUCAGUUUGCCAGAGCGAAAGAAGAAUUCGUGUCCAUACCUUGUGUUUGCCAGUAGUUUCAACUCUGAAUGAAGUCUUUCUUGGAGCUGAUGUUCAAGCAAUUUCAGGGUUAUUGGCCAAUAUGGGUCUUUCCAUUCAUACUUUCCAUGGGAACUUCUUUGUUCGGUCAACAGACUUAUUGUCUUUGCCCAAUGUCAACCCAGAUGCUGGGUAUGCAGUACAGAUGGCAGUGGAAGAGAGUCUUACUGACACUCAGUUGGUUUCUUUUCAGUCAGCACUCUUAUACACAUCCAGCAAAGUACAGAAAUCAUUCCAGACUGGGACAAAUGCACGUCUGGACGAACGCAUUUUUGCUAUGUGUCAAGUGAAAAAUCAGCCCUUGGUUUAUCUUAUGCUCACAACUCAUCCCCGUCUGUAUAGAGUGGACAAUCUGUCAGAUGAGUUUAUAUCAUCAACCAAAUGUUCUCAGAGAAAGCCUCUAAAAGUAGCUAUUUGUACGGUAAAUGUUAUCGUAGUUAUCAGAGUAAAGCAAGAGCCUUGUGACAAAUCUACUGUUCAUUUUACUAUUCCAUUUUAUCUAAAAUUUUUUUGCCUUUUAUUCCUAAGGGAUGAGAGUCCAAUGAAAGCAAACUUCCUCCAAAACAUGGUAGAGGACAGAACAGAAUCCGCGUUGUCAUAUUACGAGUUCCUUUUGCAUAUACAGCAGCAAGUGAAUAAAUGAAGAAGUUUGACUUAGUUAUUUCUAAGAAAUGUCUUGAUAAUGCAGAAUACCUAGGAAUGUGUAAUACCUUCCUUUUCUAUUAAGUUGGACUUAAUGUGAUAAUUACAAUGUUCUCACUGUGAUUUCAACAAACUAUAGCAAAUAAAGAACCACAGCAGAGAAUCAACAUGCAACUCUGAAAUACUGUAUUUUUCAAAUCAAAAUAUAUCUACAUAUGAUUGAUACCUUUUUUCCUUUGCUGCCAAUUAUGUUUGAGUUAUUAUGGAUUAAAAUAAGAUAAAACAAUAUUGCAGAGGUAAAGUACGUUUUGUAAAAUAAAGACUUCUGUGUU